CUGAGGAUUUCAUGAACGCUUCCGAGAUUGUUCCGGGAGAUGAGCCCUACACAGAGAAGACUAAAGUGACAAGUGAAUCUCUGACAGCCACAAUGAGCGAUUACUAUACAUCCGGAAACACUACGGAAUCCGAUAAGUCUGAAGAUUUGGAUCAAGAUUUGGAUAGUUCUCAAAAAGAAAACACAACAGACGAUCAAUCGGAAACCGAGUCGGAAACUCUAUCAAAUAAAAAUGAAAACAUAUCCACGAAGCAAACGUGUGGUAACUGUAUGCUGAUGUCACACUAUCGCCGUGAAUUACAAAUCCAGUAUGAGCUUAUCAACGAUCUCAAGACAUAAUUACACAAGUGUACAAAAGGGUUG